UGACUCUGCAAAUUAAAAUAAGAGAAAAAGGUUAUGAGAGCCUCGCCUCCAAAAUAUCAUAAACAUUGAUGUUUGCGUACAUGGAUCAUCUAUAUAUAAAUAUUCCAUUCACUCUUCAUUGCCUAUGCUUUUGUAUAUCUUAUUACUGUCUUCCUCAGUUUCUCCUCUCAAAAUGAAAAGCUUUGACACGAGCUCAGCGGUUGAAUCCGGUACCGUCGCUGGAAAUAACUUCGACGAUGAUGGUGGGGAGAAGAGAACGGGGACGUUGAUGACGGCGAGUGCGCACAUAAUCACGGCUGUGAUAGGUUCCGGAGUCUUGUCCUUGGCUUGGGCUAUAGCACAACUUGGCUGGGUGGCGGGGACAGUGCUUUUGGUAAGCUUUGCCAUCGUAGUUAAUUACACAUCCAGAAUGCUCGCCGACUGUUAUCGAUCUCCGGACGCUGGAACACGCAACAAUACUUACAUGGACGUCGUUAGAGCUUACCUUGGCGGUAGGAAAGUGCAGCUAUGUGGGCUAGCACAGUACGGGAGUCUAGCAGGGAUGACUAUUGGUUACACCAUCACUGCCUCCAUAAGCUUAGUAGCGAUUGAGAAAGCUAAUUGUUAUCAUGACGAGGGACAUGGUGCGAAAUGUUUAGUAUCAAAUUAUCCAGCCAUGGCGGCGUUUGGAAUCGUCCAGAUUGUUCUAAGUCAGAUUCCUAAUUUUCACAAGCUCUCUUUUCUCUCCAUUAUCGCCGCGGUUAUGUCCUUCUCUUAUUCAUCUAUCGGAACUGGCUUAGCCUUGGCUGCUCUGGCAAGUGGGAAGAUUGGUAAGACGGAACUGACAGGCACGGUGGUCGGAGUGGACGUAACUGCGUCUGAAAAAUUAUGGAAGUCAUUCCAAGCGGCUGGAAACAUUGCAUUUUCGUACGCUUAUUCUGUUGUUCUCGUUGAGAUUCAGGAUACACUGAGUUCAAGCCCACCAGAGAACAUAGUCAUGAAAAAAGCAAGCCUUGUCGGAGUCUCAACUGCAACUGCUUUCUACAUCUUAUGUGCCUGCAUAGGAUAUGCUACAUUUGGAAGCCAAGCCCCUGGAGACCUCCUUACUGACUUUGGUUUUUAUGAACCUUACUGGCUCAUCGAUUUUGCCAAUGCUUGCAUCGCUGUCCACCUAAUCGGAGCCUAUCAGGUGAUUGCACAACCAAUUUUCCAGUUCGUGGAGAAGAAAUGCAACAAAGCAUGGCCAGAAAGCAAUUUCAUCACCAAAGAACAUUCGACAAACAUACUGUUGCUUGGAAAAUGUCGCAUCAACUUCUUCAGACUGGUGUGGAGGACAACCUAUGUGAUUUUCUCAACAGCUGUGGCAAUGAUAUUCCCCUUCUUCAACGCAGUCUUAGGCCUUAUCGGGGCACUCGCAUUCUGGCCGUUAACAGUUUACUUCCCAGUGGAGAUGCACAUCUCGCAGAAAAAAGUUAAGAAGUAUACCAUGAGAUGGAUAGGGUUGAAACUCCUUGUAUUGGUUUGUUUGAUUGUUUCGUUCCUAGCUGCAGUAGGAUCCAUCAUCGGCUUGAUAAGUAGUGUCAAAGCAUACAAGCCUUUUCACAGUUUAUAUUAGUUACUUGUAGCCUAAACUAUCUGAAUACAUAAUUAAUAAUGAAUAAUGUUAACAAUGAGUUUAUAUAAGAGCA